GGCGCAUUACCAACGAGCUAGAGCCCGUGAUUUUAAAUUUAGAACAUUCCAAAUUCAAAUAUCUGAAGAUAAUAAAUUAUCAAUUUCAUUUUGUGUUUGACAUCUAUGCUAAGUGUUAGAAAAAAGUAUUAAAAUGGCGGGAAAUAUCUAAAAAUUUAAUCAAGUUGUUCCAAAUGUAAUUUAGUUUAUUUACAAUUUUUUUUUACAUUUUAUGUUGUGAAUUAUGUAAAUUAAUAUUUAUUUAUAGAGUGUGUUUUUCAUGUGUAUUGAAUAAUUAUUAUUUCUCACUAUAUAAAUGAACUCGAUCGAGCAAGAUGAGAACGCCGCUGAAUGGAAGAGGAAUAAAAUUAAUUCUACUUUUUAUUUUGUACGGAACAGCUGAUGUUCAAACCAGUUUGCCGGUAGAUUUAACAUCAGAAGAAAAAGCAUUACCACCAACUACAUUAUCUCUCACAUCUACUUCAUCAAUUACCACUACAGCCAAUAUUUCCACUUCAACCUAUGCCACAAUUAUACCACCUAUACCGCCAAGCGAUAGAGACAGGUUCCUGACCUUCGCAGAGUCUGGCCAUCAUCGCACGUUCAUGUUUGCUAAAGACAACACUUAUAUACAGUUGGAUGGUGAUAUAAUACAAAGAUUUCAGUUGAGAUUAUGCAGAGAAAUAUCAUUUAAAUUCCGUACGAGGCUUCCUCAUGGCCUGCUAGUGUAUCAUAAUGUUAAGAAUCCCGUAUUCAAGAUGCAGCCUUACGCUUUAUACGUAAUCGUGGAAAAAGGUGAAUUAAAAGUGGUGCACGUAUUCGGCAAGCACCUUACUUCUGUAACGGUGGGCCGCGCACUGAACAGGGACCAGUGGCACAGUGUGGUGGUCACCAUCGACGUACACGGAGCGCGGCUUAUCGCAAAAGUUGAUCAACUAAAAGAAGAAGUUUAUCUAAAGGGAUUGAGUUUUGACACGAACUAUGGUAUAACAGACAACUUAACAUCUGUCAUUUUAAUUGGAGGUCUUAGCUCAGAGGAAAAGCUACACGGCGUUAAAUAUAUAAUAGAAUCAUUUGUUGGCUGCAUUAGUGAUAUGGUAUUAAGUUCAGGGAAAGCUGCCUCUGAUCUUCUACCUAUAGUACCUCUCAUUGCUACGAAACAUGAAAACGUAAAGGAGGGGUGCAUAGACAAAUGUAAAACAACAGAGAAUCUGUGCUUUGAAGGUUCGAGGUGCAUCAACGAAUAUAAUGGAUACAGAUGCGAUUGUUUUGGUACUUUGUAUGAGGAACACCUCUGCGAUGUUUACACGGCGACAGUGCUCACUUUACGAGGCUCCAGUUAUGUGUCGUAUCGAGUUUACGAUUGGAAAGAUCGGGUGCACUCUACCAAUACGAGAGUAAGCCUACAUUUCAAGACGCGUUUCGAUGACUCAGCUCUGUUCUACGCCAGUGGACAAAUCGAUGACAAGCAUCAUUAUAUCGCGCUAUCGAUACACCAAGAAAAAGUAGCCAUCCAAAUAGACCUAGGAGAUGGCCCAGUGGAAGACUAUAUAGGCAAUAAAGUAAAUAAUAACGAAUGGCACAAUCUCACUGUUGUGUUACAAGAAAAAAACUUAAUCGUAUAUUUAGACGCCAUAAGAGGAGAUUACGAAGUCCCGGGUGAUGCAAAAUUCGUGUGCAUAGAUCCCGAAAUAUAUAUAUGCGGUGGUCCAGACUUACAUAAAAUGAAAGGACUAAAAUCAUUCAACAAUUUCGCCGGCAACUUAAAAUAUGUUUAUUACAAUGAUGUGUCGAUACUUUAUGAACUGAAGCAGAAUAAUACUAAAGUGCACUAUAUUGGCGUAUUGGAUCCUGAGUUCGAAGAGAUUGAUAUAGAAGUGAUUCCAAUAACAUAUCCUUUUGCAACAUCCCAUAUAUGGUGGCCGUUGAAUCAGAGUCACAGUAUAAACUUGAUUUUCGAUUUUAAGACCAGCAAGAAUAUGGCUGUGUUGGCAUACAGUCAGAUUACCUCAGGCCAAGGUUAUUGGGAGGUCCGAAUGGUUAAAGAAGAAAUUAGAUUCGAACUAGUACCUGACGUCGGAAAAAAUGUUACAGUACUGAAAUCGGUAAAAUUCAAUGUAAGCAAUGAUUGGCAUACAGUAGAAAUAGAUUAUAGGAAAGGAAGGAUCAAAUUGACAGUGGAUUAUCAUAACAAACAUGCCCAAAUGUUUGGUCUGGACUUCCAACUCCAAGACAAGAUCGUCAUUGGCAGCGGACUCAAAUCUGCUAACUUAGGUCUGAUUGGAUGCAUGAGGAAUAUUAAAAUUAAUGGCUUGCUCAUAGAACCAAGAUACGUUAUAAAUACCGAACGAGUUGUUGGUGAAGUGGCCAUCGACGACUGUCGUUAUGUCGAUCCGUGCACUAGACCCAACACUUGCGAACACGGCGGCAUCUGCUCUAUUAGAGAAGAUAGAGUUAUCUGCAACUGCGACAAUACAGGCUACAUCGGUGAGAACUGUCAUUUCGCGACAUUCCGUAAGACAUGCGAGGAGUUGGCUCUUCUUGGAUAUACCAGGAAUGAUGUUUACCUCAUAGACAUUGACGGCAAUGGUCGAUUUCCUCCGGCACAUGUAAAAUGCGAGUUUCAAAUUGAAGCAGACUCUUCUACCACUGUUGUUGAACAUAAUUUACCCAGUCAAGUAGAUGUACGCUCUGCUCUAGGUCAAGACUUCAGCUUCAAAAUCAAGUAUCGAGAAUUCACAGCAGAAAUGCUGCAAGAACUAAUAUCGCACUCGCUGUUCUGCCGACAAUAUAUUAAAUAUGAUUGUAAUAUGGCGCCUUUGGAACUACAUAGUGCAACAUGGUUCAUAUCAUCGUCAAAUGACACUGUAGAUUUCUUAGGGAACGUUAAGAGGUUUGUAUUCUUCAGAGGUUACUGUCCGUGCGGAGUUAAUGCAACCUGCGUCAAGCCAACACAAUCCUGCAACUGUGAUGCUAAUGACAACAAAUGGCAUUCUGAUGAAGGAACUUUAGUCGAUCCCAAGAGUUUGGGUAUAAUCGAAAUGUUCUUUCUUCAGCAAAAAGAUUUGACAGAAGAAGCACAGGGAAGAAUCACAUUGGGCCCAUUGGAAUGUGUAGAAACAAAUACGCAGCGAUAUGUGGUAACAUUCACCACAUCACAAUCGUAUAUAGAAGUGCCAGGUUGGCGAAAAGGUGAUAUUGCGUUCAGCUUCAGAACAACUGGGACCAGUGCUAUACUCCUGUUCCAACCGCCUAUAAGACCUAAUUACCCGUCAUUCAUGGUUGCUUUGACUAGUGAGCAUGAGCUGACCUUCAAUUUCACACUCAACACUGGCACUACUAGGAAGUUAGUGAUAAACUCUAAAAGAAAACUAAACGGUGGUGAAUGGCACAAAAUAUGGAUAGAUUAUAACUUCUACCAUGUCAGAUUUAUGUUAAAUACGGAGUAUCAAAUGUUGAAUUUAUUACUGGAGGAGGAAUUCGGACCUUUUGAGGGAUCUAUGUUUAUCGGGGGAGCUACUGCAGAACACCUGAAAAAAUCCGCUGUAAACCAAGGUCUAAUAGGUUGCUUUAGAGGUCUAGUUGUAAAUGGCGAAGUUUUAGAUAUAUACAGUUAUAUGUCUGUCCAUCUCUCCGAAAUUAUUAAAGACUGUAAGCCGUCCUGUGUGCCAAAUCCAUGUCAGAACAAAGCGACAUGCAAAGAGCUGUGGUCGUCUUAUGAAUGUAUAUGUAAGAAUCCUUGGGCGCAUUUAGGAGUGCAUUGCGAAGAGAAUAUAAACAAAAAAGCUUUAACGUUCCAAACAAAGGAAUCAUAUCUAAAGAAAAAUUAUUUAGUAGACAAUGCAACCGAUGCAGAAAAACAUAGAUUGAAAAAUAUGAUGACUGAAAAUGUAUUAAUGAACUUGCGAACAUACGAUCAAAACUCUCUAGUACUAUACGCUAACGAUAACUUGAAUAAUUUCAUACAUCUAUUCAUACAUAAUGGGACACAAAUCAUUUACUUGUUUAACCAUGAAGACGAAAUCAUUCAGAUGAAUGUGACGAAUGAAAAGAUCAAUAAAGGUGAAAGUGUACAAAUUGCUAUUAUAAGAACGGAAAAUACAACAACAUUGCACGUGAACAAUAAAAAUGUUGUAAUAACAAAAGUGGCGAAGUUAUUGACCAAUUAUACGAACAAACCGUGGAUCAAUCCAGAAUUGGAAGUGAUACGUCCACAAAGACCGCCAGCUCCGCCAACUGACUACUUCCAAAUAAACCUCGGUGGUUAUGAUCCAUAUUCGUUACAUCUGGCGCCAAGAGCAGAUCUUCUUCCCCAAGGAGGAUAUGUUGGCUGCGUCAGAGGAUUCAAAAUCGAAGAUCAUGUUGUUGAUUUAUCUAAGAAGGUACAACAAGACCUCGACCAAGAACUAGAGGGAGUUUUACCGGAAUGCAAUAUGAAAUGCGACUCCGAGCCUUGCAAGAAUGGGGGAGUUUGCACUGAGGACUUCACCAACCAGGAAAGUAGUUGCGACUGCGAGCUCACUAGCUACUUUGGGGAAUACUGUAUGGAAGAGAAAGGUGCAGACUUUAAUGGAGAGAGUAUAUUGCAACGAAAAUUUAUACUUUCUGGACCUAUCACAAAGGUCAAAAUAAAAUUGGCAUUUUCAAGCAAUGACCUUCGCCAGAAGAACACAGUUCUUCUAUUGGUGCAGACUGAGAAUAAGCGUAGCUAUUAUUUACUAGUUGCAAUAACACAAGAUGGUUAUUUGAAAUUCGAGGAAGAUCGUGAAGAAUCAGCAUAUGGCGCUGAAGUUAAGAAUAGGAACUUUUUAAAUGGUGCUCGUCACACAGUUUAUUACACAAGGAUAGGCCAUGAAGCUACAUUAAUUAUAGAUAGAAUAGAGAUACCACUGGAGAAAUUACCACCGCAGAGCUUGUGGGAAGUGUUUGAUGUGGGUUCCAAUGAGGUGCAGAUUGGAGGUCUAAAUACCACCGACCCGAGACUCAAGAUUUAUAAAGGAUAUAAUGGAUGCCUCUCCAAUAUAUUUGUUGAAGUAAACGAAUACACAAUGAAACCUUUAGAAGAAUAUAUGCUGUUCACUCGUUCUGACUCUGAAAAAGUUAAUGCUGUAAACGCUCAAGGUGUAAGAAGUGCACAAUGUUCUGCCGAUUUUGACGAAGCCUGGCCCGAACGGGACCAGCUUGGAGCUACACAUAAUGGCAGCUUUCUCAUUAGUGGAGACAAAACUUGGGUAGAAGAUCCUCCAUCGAGAAUACCCUACAUAUCUUUGUAUCAGCAACCUGAUGCUGAAGAGGAGAACACUGAUAAAUUCUUCAUAGCACUGAUAGUCAUAUUCUUAUUGGGACUUUGCUACACUGGAUCACACAUGUGGCGAACUCACAAGGCUCACAAAUUGCGCCUAGAAAAGGAAACUGACGAAAACAUUAUGAGGAGUAAAGAAAAGGCCACAAAAUUACAAGAACCAGCGGUUUCAUUCGUGCAGUUAAGCAAAGAGGAUAAUGAAAACGGUAAAGAAAGUGAUAAGAAAAUCAACGGUGUCACAAUAGAGAUACCUACUGUUUUGGUAGAAAUGGUGAAUGAAGAUAAGCCAGUCGUAAGGCGAGGCUCACUAAGAUUUAAAGAUAUAGUAGACAAAGAAAGGGCUUUUGAAACACUCGAGGAAAGAGACGAAAGUCUAGAAGACGACGAAUCUCAAGAAGACGCUACUGACGCUAUACAUGAAGAAGUUAGUGAAGAUGCAGACGAUUCAAUAACAGACGAUGAAACCGCAGAUGAGGAUCCAGAAGAAAGCGAGGCAGAUCCAAUUGUUUCUGUACAGGAUAUUGAUCAAAUUGCUACCGAUCAUCAAGGGCCACCGUCACUUAUAACUCCACUACCUUAUAAAAUAGAUGAAGAUGGAUCCAAUGAAUUAUUAGCUUUAAGUGCUUAGAAGAUUAAAUAGCAUU